CAUUGAGCCACGAUACUCUCAGGCGCUCCGUCUACUUCCCAACUCCACCCAAAACCCUAAACCCCACAUCUCCACACCCCCGAUGGCGGAGAGAGGCGGCGACCGUGGAGGCUUCGGCCGUGGAUUCGGCCGCGGCCGUGGCCGCGGUGACCGUGGGCGGGGUGACCGCCGCGGCGGGCGUCGCGGGCGGCGCGAAGAGGAGGAGAAGUGGGUCCCCGUCACCAAGCUCGGCCGCUUGGUAAAGGAGGGAAAGAUCCAUAGCCUUGAGCAAAUCUACCUCCACUCCCUCCCCGUGAAGGAGCACCAGAUCGUGGAUACCCUCCUUGGCCCCCAGCUCAAGGAUGAGGUCAUGAAGAUUAUGCCGGUCCAGAAGCAGACUCGCGCCGGUCAGCGGACCCGGUUCAAGGCCUUCGUCGUCGUUGGCGACGGCAACGGCCACGUCGGGCUCGGCGUCAAGUGCUCCAAGGAGGUUGCCACCGCCAUCCGCGGGGCUAUCAUCUUGGCCAAGCUUUCGGUGAUCCCAGUGAGAAGGGGUUACUGGGGGAACAAGAUCGGGAAGCCCCAUACCGUGCCGUGCAAGGUCACCGGAAAGUGUGGGUCGGUUACCGUUCGGAUGGUCCCGGCCCCUCGCGGUGCUGGUAUCGUUGCUGCCCGUGUCCCUAAGAAGGUUCUCCAGUUCGCGGGGAUCGAGGACGUUUUCACGUCAUCUCGUGGUUCCACCAAGACCCUCGGGAACUUUGUCAAGGCUACUUUUGACUGUCUCAUGAAGACCUAUGGAUUCCUGACACCUGACUUCUGGAGAGAAACUCGCUUCACCAAGUCACCACUCCAGGAGUAUACGGAUUACCUUGCAAAGCCCACCAAGGCAAUUGUCAUCGAGGAUCCUGAAAGAGUGGAAGCUUAAAAUGCUGAGAAAUUUAGGUUCUUUCAUAGUUGCCAGUUUUGUCCGUCAUGCGUUGUGGUUUAUAGGAGAUUAUCAGACCUGGAUGAUGCGUAGACAGCAGAAUGUUUAGUUAUAUAAGUGCUUGUUUUGUGUCGUAAGAGUUCUUUUUAAUGCAUAGACAGCUGAUGGGUUUUUAUUUCAGUAAAAUAUCGAUGGUGUUCUCCAGGACCGAGCCAUGAGUUUUAUCAUCUAUGCACCAUUCUUUUGCCUGCUA